CGGCGUCCUGACGCGCCGGCCCACCCUAGUGCGCGUGCGCAGCGGUUGCUGUGGCGACCGGGCAAGCGUUAGGCUACCAACGACUCCGCCGCUGGUGGUCGGCGGGGAAGGAAAGCGGAGCUCCGGGACCGGGCCGGGGGCGGUAGCGACCCAGCGGAACUGGGUGUUCCGUGUAUCCGGAAUAAGCAUGCACCCCGAGGCCUCGGAGCCCGUGGUGGACGGGCCGGCGGAGCAGGGCUGCGCGCAGGAGUCGGGCGUGGAGGAGUCGGCGGGCGACCACGGGGACGCGGGCCCGCGGGGCCGCAAGGAAGAAAUUAAUAAUCCGAAGGAAACAUGUGUGGGUCCUUCUGUCACAUCCUACCCAAGUGAGCAGAAGCAGGGCGGUGAUAGCAGGUCGGACAGUCGCUUCACACACCAGAGAGAUGACAAGGAAGAUCGUGGCCCCAGAAUGACUAAAAGUUUUCUGCAAAAACUCUGCAAGCAACACAAGCUUUAUAUUACCCCAGCAUUGAAUGAUACACUGUAUUUACACUUUAAAGGUUUUGAUCGCAUCGAGAACUUGGAAGAGUACACGGGUCUACGCUGUCUCUGGCUGGAGUGCAAUGGAAUACAGAAGAUCGAGAACCUGGAGGCCCAAACCGAAUUGCGCUGCCUCUUCUUGCAAGUGAACUUGCUCCGUAAAAUUGAGAACUUAGAACCUCUGCAGAAACUGGAUGCUCUUAACCUGAGCAACAAUUACAUCAAGACCAUUGAAAACCUCUCCUGCCUGCCGGUCCUGAACACACUCCAGAUGGCCCACAAUCACUUAGAGACUGUGCAAGACAUUCAGCAUCUAAAGGAGUGUUUGAAACUUUGCGUCCUUGACCUUUCCCACAAUAAGCUGAGUGAUCCGGAAAUCCUGAGCGUCCUGGAGAGCAUGCCUGAUUUGCGCGUACUGAAUUUGAUGGGAAACCCUGUUAUCAGGCACAUUGCUAAUUAUCGAAAGACGGUCACCGUUCGACUAAAACAUUUAACAUACCUGGACGACAGACCGGUUUUCCCAAAGGACAGAGCCUGUGCAGAGGCCUGGGCCAGGGGUGGGCUUGCAGCUGAGAAAGAGGAGAGACAGCAAUGGGAGAGCCGAGAGCGGAAGAAGAUCGAGGACAGCAUUGAGGCCCUAGCGAUGAUCAAGCAGCAGGCGGAAGAGAGAAGGUGGCAGAAAGCCAGCCAGGAGGAAGGGGAGGAGCCGGCGCCGGAGGAGAGCAAGAAUGUGGAUGCCAAUGUGCCAGUGAAGGAAAAGCCUUGUGAGGAGGGGGAGAGGCAGCAGAAAAUGGAGCUGUUUGUCAGGGAGAGCUUCGAGGCCAAGGAGGAGCUGCUGGUGGAGGUCGGCGGAGAGAGAGAAGGCCGGGCGCCAGAGGGGCUGCACCUGGAGGAGGCCCUCAAGCCAGCCGCCCCCGCGGCUGCCUGCGAAGAACCGGCCCCCCAGACUGUGGCCGCCGCGGGUGCAGCAGGCACAGAACUGGGUGCCGACGAGGAUUUGGAGACUAUCAAACUGGAGGUGGAGAAGAAGCUCUUCAUCGACGACCUGCCUGACUUGGAAGACGCUGACACAGGCGAGGCUCCGGAAGGCCAGGACCAGAUGCACUUUCCAAAGAUAAUAACCAUCUCGAGCUUGAGUGAUGACAGUGACCCUGAACUGGACUACUCCUCACUCCCAGUGCCGGAAGACACUCCAGAUGCCCUUUCGAACAUAUUCACAAUCCCCAGGGACCCGGCGAGGAAGGCUGAGGCACCCUUCACCGACAUAUGCAAAGCAGCAGCUGAGAGGGACUCGGAAACGCCAAGGGGAGACACCAAGCCCCCACGCCCGCUGAUCCAGGAGCUCCCCGGCGAGGAAGCUUCAGGCCGGCCACCGGUGCCCCCAACCUGCCAACAGAACGGCACACCACCCCCUUCCAGUGAGGACGGGGACAGUGACCUACUUCCAACUGCUCUCCCAGGUGAGGUCACCGACGAGAACGAGGCGCGGUCUGAGACGGAGCUUGCCGAACCCGAGGCGGGAGAAGACAGGGAGGACAUUGAAUUUGGCUUGGACUGAACCCCAGGGUGGCCCUUCUGCCCCUAGGCUAACGGCGACGGCGAGCCGGCAGCUAGGGACCCCCUGUGGGUACAGGUCACCCCCCUGGCUGGGCUCCCCUUCCUUCCAGAGUCGCAGUUCUGAGAGCGCUGGGCGCCUCGGCUGCCACGUGCACCUGCCGCUCCGCUCCCCGUCCGCUGGUGCCUCUCCAAGUGCACGCCAGCCGGGCUCCUGCUCUCUGUGCCCUCGGCCGUGUAACUGAGCAUUACAGACAUUUAGCACAAUGA